AAUUAAAACUUUAUAUAUAAAGGAGACAUCGAUUUUCAAAAAGUGUAUAUUUGUUUCAAGAGCAUAAGGACACACAUUAUUUAUCAUGGGGAAGUUUCUGGUUGCUGAACGGUUAUUUCUUGGAUUAACUAAUGCAGUCUUUUUGUUAGUUGGAGCAGCAUUGACAAUUUUCGGAUUUCUCAUUCAAUUUGUAGACGUGUUUAGCAGUUAUUACUCGAACACAAUAUGUAGUUUAGAGACAUCUUUGUCCGGGGCUGGAUUUUCAACUCGUACUUUAGACUUCAGUCUGUCAGAAUUUGCCGGCUACUUGCCAUUGGCUUUAAUGGUCAGUGGAGUGUUGAUAUGCAUUAUAUCGUUCCUUGGAAUUUUGGGUGCUACAAGAGAAAUAACGUGGGUUCUCCUGACCUAUGGUGUGAUACUUAUUGUAUUGAUGAUAACACAGAUUGUUACCUUAACUAUCUUCUACUAUAAACCAGAACUGUUCACAGAUCCAAUUAAAGAUGCCCUGAAGUCAAAGAUAAAAUCAGAUUAUAAAGGACUUAAUGGAACCAAUUCUGUAUCUAUUGGUUGGAAUUUCGCUCAUCAAAAGUUUUCUUGCUGUGGCGUCGACAGCUACCAUGAUUUCAUGGGAGCCACGAAAUGGGUGCGUGAAUAUACAGACAUGAACGUCGUCCUAGCAACACCAAUCAGCUGUUGUAGAAGCUUACCAACAUCAAAAGACUUUACCUGCGCCAGAAUUCCACUGUCAGGCAAAACCAAUAACUUCUACAAGGGCUGUUUUGAUGAGAUGUGGAAUAUGGUAGUAGGCAAUCUUGCAGUAACAGUACCUAUUCUAUCUAUCUGUUUAUUAAUACAGAUAAUAUUCACCAUAACAACUAUAGCUAUACUUUAUGCAAAUAAUAAUAAUAACGAUAUGAAAGAAGAAUAUAAGAAAUUCAAGCCAAGGAGUGAUGACAGUUUCUUAGAUAUUUCUACAUGGAAAACUAAAUUGUAAAUGACAAUUAGAGACUUAAGAUUUGUUUACUCUUACAAAUACAUGUAUAUGUUACACAUGUGGUUUUUUGUUUUAAUAGUGUUUAAUAAAUUGAAAUACGCUUAU